GUGAGAUCAAAACAUGUCGCUACGAAACCGCAGCCCGGUACGGGCAUACUUGACGGUCACCAUCAUUACAGCAGUUACUAUUAUAUCUUUUGCCCUCUACCAAGUCAGCCAUAUUGUUGCCUUUGCUUCGAUUGCCAGCCGCGUCACCGAUCGUUUUGGCUUAAUCAGCGAAUGCAGUGCCGACAACCACAUCCAAAAGACAUCAGUCAUCCCCAACACCAUCCACCAGAUCUGGAAAGACGCUAACGUCAGUUCCUAUGGGACCUUUAACCACCGCAAGGACUGGCAGUCCAUGUUUGAGCCGCUCAACUAUACUGUUAAGCUCUGGACCGAAGCCGAUAUCCGUCAGCUGAUCCAGACCAAAUAUACUUGGCUUCAGCAUGCAUACGACUCCUACCCAUACGAUAUCCAGCGCGCCGAUAUUGCUCGACUGCUCGUCGUGCACAGCGAGGGCGGCAUGUACGCCGACUUGGACGUCAAGCCUGCAGAUGCCGAGAAACUACAAUGUCUACAAAAUCUAGACAUGGAGGCCGUCUUUGUGGCCACUUGCGGGAACUCGGGUCUCAGCAAUCACUGGUUCAUGGCGGCGCCGGGUGCCAAUGUGCUUGGCGAUGUAUUAGUGGAGGCAGCACGACGAUCCGGCUCGCGACGACCGCUUCUUCCGUACAUGAAGGUGUUUUGGUCGACGGGGCCGUGGAUGGUGACGGCCGCACUGGAUAAAUACUUUGCAAGGCACCCCGAGGCAAGAAAGACGGUGGGCUUGCUGGAGGAGGGAUACUCGCGCUAUGCGAUUCACCAUGCAGCCGGGCGGUCGUGGCACGGCGCCGACGGCAAGAUGCUCAACUACGUGGCUGAUCACUUUAGCAUGACGAGGUUGGUGGUGUUUAUACUGGCAUUUACCACGACAUUUUGUAUAUUAUGUCGGUGUGGGAAAAGGCAGAUGUUUAGUGGUGUUUGGAGGGCACGCAGCUGGAUGGACAAUCCGCGGACGUGGACGCGGAACUGAGCAACAAAGUAACAAAAAUGAAUUGUCUACGUAAUGAUAAUAAUGUAUAAUAU